CUCGUUUACGCCUUGGUAUUAUAUGAGGAAGAAAUGGCGGAACAAGCCCUCUGAGAAGGCAGCGGGAUUGCAAGAUAUUAGGAUGCUUAUGAAAUGAAUCAUAACGUAGGCCUUCACAGUAAAGGUUCAGGGGCUAUGUGGUACGUUUCUUGUACUGAAAAAAGUAUGUCUUCUUCCGUGGACGACAAAGCGAAAGUAGAGACAAUAGCCCAUGGCAAAUGGAAGGGAGAGCGAAUGGCUUUUCUCAAAAUAACAGUUGUCAAAGGAGAAGAUUUGCCUGCUCUUGAUCCAAUCGGGACAUCAGACCCUUACUGCAUUUUGAAAAUCGGAAAAGAAGAGAGGACAACAACAACAAAGUUUCGUUGUUUAAAUCCAAUCUGGAAUGAAACCUUUGUGUAUGAAGUUGACCAUUUGCCACAAGUUGCGUUCAGUGGUCCAUCCUAUCGCAGAAGUGCCAUUCCAUAUAUUGUUCCUCUUUGUGAGCUUGCAUACUUUCUCACUAUUGAUGUGUGGGAUAAAGAUAGACUUAAUCGUGAUGACCUUAUGGGAAGAGUUAUGGUUCCUUUGGCAACAAUACCAGAUGGAACAACUUCAAGAUGGUAUCCUUUAGGAAGAACCUAUGCUGGUGGCCAAUCAAAGGGAAGACUGUUGUUGAAUAUUACUUUAAAAGCAUUGAAUGAUGAGGAGCAAAUACCAAAAUGGAUUGCACAUGAAAUUAUGAGGAACGAUUGUGCUAGACUGCCAGGAUUUCAGCUACCAAUAACGAGUGGAGAAGACAUUGUAAAUUUUCCAGGCAACAAGGAAAAUGUUGAGCUGCUUCUUGAUGACGUACUUGUUGAAGUCAGUGGACACAGGGGACUGGGAAGGAUUUUUUUGACUGAUUUCCGGUUGGUCAUACAGUGUACAAAGUCUGAAGUCACUAGUCUUGCUGGCCAAACGGAUCUCUCUAUGUGGGUAGCAUUAAAUAACAUCCAGUCUGUCGAAAAAGGUUACGAAGAAAAGGUCAUUCAGAGAACGCAAGCUGGAAGAGCUGGCUUUUCUGAUGUUAAGACGCUCAUUAUAAAAUGCAGCGAUUUCCGCACCAUUCGCUUGACAUUCGUCAAAGGGAAAAUCACAACAAGAGCGGAUGGGCAGCUGCUCACUGUUGAUAACUCGAUUGGCAGUGAGGAGGAGGAUGAUUUAGCUGAUCAGCGGAGUAUCGUUUUUCCCCGUGUAGCGUAUUCUACAAAAAGCCGGGAGGCUGGUGAUGAUGAUGAUGAUGAUGACGAUGAAGAUAACGAAUCGAUUUCUAGUGAUGUAAGUGAUUCCGGUGGAAUGGCAGAUGAAAUCGUCGAAUCUUAUAUGGGGAAAGAAUCGUUUAUCGGAAUCGUUCACUCAGGGUGUGUUGUCAGGAUGAUGAAAAUAUUUCUUAAGAGGAUGCGCUAUAUUACGAGAAAUGCAAAUGCACAACCACCGUCGAAAAUGUUUGUAAGCUUGGCUGGGCCAGAGUUUCUAUUGAGCUCUUGGGAAGUCUACGAUACUCAGGAGGAAUUCGAGCGACAAAAGGUGAAUGGAUAUUGGCGUUUGUCAACUAUCAAUCUUGAUUAUUCCUUCAGUCCUUCAUAUCCGAGGUAUCUCUAUGUUCCAGAGAGUGUUUCAGAUGAAACACUCAAAGGUCUUGCUGAAUUUAGAUCCAGGGCUCGUAUACCUACUCUGACGUGGUUUAAUUUUGAAAAUGGCAGCUUCAUUAUGAGGUGUUCACAGCCAAGAACAGGUGCUCUAGGGCGGUACUGUAUUGAAGAUGAGACUUUGCUUAAUGAAGCAAGAAAUUGCAACCCGUUUAACAGCAACAUGGUGAUUUUCGAUGCUCGUUCAAUGCUAGCUGCAGGAGGCAACCGACUUAAGGGCAAAGGAACGGAGGAUGUGAACAGAUACCAGAACUGCAAGCUUCUAUAUCUUGAUAUUGCGAAUAUUCACGCUAUGAGAGACAGUAUUGAUAAGCUGCAGGGUGUCUGCGAAGGCGCUGCUGAGAAUAAAUGGUUGUCUCAACUCGAAGCUACUCAGUGGAUGACACAUAUUAGCAACGUGUUAAGGGGUGCAACUUUGGUUGCUCAUUAUGUCAGUGAUAAAGGAGUCUCGGUACUAGUGCAUUGUUCUGAUGGUUGGGAUAGAACCCCGCAGCUGACGUCAUUAGCUCAAAUCAUGCUUGAUUCGCACUAUAGAACAUUUGAUGGCUUCAACGUAUUGGUUGAAAAAGACUGGAUAUCAUUUGGGCAUCGAUUCACAGACCGUCUCGGAGACCCGUCCUGUCCGAGUCAAAGAUCGCCAGUAUUUCUGCAGUUCCUUGAGUGUGUUUGGCAGAUUAUGCAGCAGUUUCCAAAUGCAUUCGAAUUCAACAGCAAGUAUAUUCUGGCCAUUGCUGAACACAUCAAUUCAGGAUGGUUUGGGAAUUUUCUCUGCAACAGUGUCCAGGAGCGUGACUCAAAAGAUAUUAUGAGAACAACUGUUUCACUGUGGGCGCAUCUCGAUGCAGCUCGCCAGUCGAUGAUUAAUGAAGCCUACCAACAAGUGAAUGACGUGCUCAUUCCUGUUUGCAAUUUAAGACGCCUUCAAUUUUGGCAUGAGUAUUUUCUCAGAUUUGACGAGUUCAAUAUUGUCCCAGCCUCUGAAGUGCUCGAUGAGAUUGAAAAUGCAGACACUGUGGAAACCGCAGCUAACACAGUGAUCUGGGUGCCAGAUGACCGGGUGAAAGAAUGUCAUGACUGCAAACAGAAAUUUACCAGCAUAAGGCGACGUCAUCACUGCAGGGCAUGUGGCAAUAUUUUUUGUGCCGGGUGCACCAGAAAUCGUCUACGAUUGCCGUAUUUGGGUUAUCAGCAUCCAGAAAGAGUCUGCGAUCGCUGUUAUGUCAACGUCUCUCGUUACUUAGCAGGAGAGAAUGAGGAUGAAUUCGAGGUUAUCACUGAUCCUGCUCUGCUUGACAUGCCUUACACGUGCAUGUGAUGUUCUUAAUCACGAGGAAUCUCCUCUGGCAGGAUUGCCAGCGAGAGUCUAUUUUUUACUUUGGACCGACGUAUAACCAUACUUAUUUUUUAUCCUGAUGUAAAAAUGUUCCGUUAUACAAUUUUUUAAUGGCUUUAAGGUGGGAAAUUCGUUAAGGGAUAAGGGUAUACUCUCAUAGUAUUAUUGUUCGUUUUGUAUCUAUCUAAGUUAUGAGUUGUUAGUGUAUAUUUUCACAGGCUAACAAGAAUUUCGAUUUUUAUAGUCGUAACAUUGAAUAUGUUAUUUAUGCAUAUAGAAGUUCUGAUCUGAAAAUACAUUACACAAACACACCACGGUUGAAUUAUUUUUUGGUGAAACAGUUUAACAGAAACUAGCUAUAUCAAACCAAUAUUUUUUUGACUUGCUGAAAUGCUAUCAAGUAUCCACCAUUGUGUUGAAAAAAUGGUUUUAAAGCUAUCAAGGAUUCACAAUAUUUCGGCUCAAGUAAAACCUUUUCUCAGAAAUUCUAAUCGACCAACGGUUAAUUUUUGUAAUGUUUUUUGUAAGGUUUUGAUCAGUAAUGAAUUCACUUUGAUGUUAAUGUUGUUUUUUAAAUAAUUGUUGUAUAUAUGUAGAUUAGUAUUGAUUUGUUCAAAGGUGAAAUUUAACAAAGAAUUGAAAUAUAAUUCCCUUUAAAUUAGUUAAUACAACGUAACAUAUUAGCCGUAGUGUAUGCAAUCUACUGGUAUUAUAAAUUUAGCUUUUUCUUUUUAAAUGUUCUGCUCUGCGGCUACUCGACACUUCUGAAUUAAUGCGAGGCCUACCAAAAGUGAGGUGGAUUCUUUUGAGACCCGAACAAGGCUCGGAAAAAUUUGGUAACUCUUUUUAAUUCCUUAUUUCAAUUAUUUCGAUUGAAAUCUGAAUUCUACCUUAUGUUGUCUUGAACAAAUUUCAACAGAAAUUGAGUAGAUUUAAUAUCCUGGGCCUAAGCAUAUAACUGCUGUUGUUAUCAAUCGUUCUAAUGACGUCAUUAUAAAGCCAUCCAAGUUACCCAACAGUAGUUGUCCGUUGUGACAGAUAAAUCGAGAUGUUUUUUUCACUCAAAGUCUAAAUACAUUAAAUGGUUCGAAAGCUAACUUGCUAAGUUACAUGGUCUCGACGGAGACGCAAAUUAUAUCAUACCUUUAUUCGAGAGAUCCCAAAACUUGACGUACUUGAUCCUAAAAAUGUUCCUUGUAAAAGAUGACAAAUGACAUACUUUUACAUUUUUAGGUAGUAACAUGACACUCAUGUUAAUAAUUUGGUUGUUUAGUUUUUUGGUAUCAAAUCGUUUCAAAUGUAACUCGACGGCGUCUUAACUUGCAGAUGACUUCGUACUAUCUGGUCCUGAAACUGAAUGUGUUAAAUUCAGUCUGAUUUUGUUGACAUUUGUUAAUUAAUCUAAGAGGAGGUUGAAUUUAAACUUAGAAAAUUCUAUUUUAUUUUAUAAUACCUAGAACAUCUUAUCGUUAAUACACACUGUGUUGAUACUAUUUCACAAAGAUAUUUUUGGAUUAAAUUUUUUUCAUUGA